AUGAUUAAAACGACGACUAUCUUGACAAAACAGCAGCCUACUUUGAUUCAAGGCCAAUACCGGUGCACCAUUUGUAAUAAGAAAAAUUAUAAAACUUUUCAAGGCCUUAUUCGUCAUGAAAAUUUGGUUCACCGGUCUUAUAAUCAACCUCCUGCUAAUAUAAUUUCUUUGCCUGUACAACAUAUUGAACAAUUCAAGAAGUUGAUAGUUAAUGAAAUACAUAAGAAACUUUCUCUUCAUUAUACCAUGACAGGCAAGCAACUUAUUAAAUUUCCAUGUACAGAUAGUGAAUUUAUUGCAGUAUUUGGAAAUUACUUGAGUCGAUUUUCACCAGCUAAACAUACUUAUUGGUGUAUUUUCAAAGGUUAUAAUGCGGAAGAUAUACUAAGAAAUUUACUUGGAGAUGAACAAUGGGGAACUCGAUAUUAUGAAAACAAUCAAAAAAGCUAUGUACAAUUUGUAGUACCACCAGAAAUAACCGUAGAAUGGUUUCAAGAAAAGAUUAAAGAUGCAAGAGGGCAUCAAACAUCAGGUGGACAAUUAAGAAUUAGAUUUUGUAUAGAUCAAGAAUAUUUUUCUUAA